CCCGUCGUGCCAUUUUAGUGAUGAAAGUUUGGAGCGCACAUGGCUAUCUGAAGGAGCAGAAAGGUUCGGGACACAUGCGGACGCCGGAGCACAGAGACACAGCAAUUCAGGACCUAUCACGCAGUUGUAAAACUUUCUGAAAUUAGUCAAGUUUUCUGAUACUUGGGCAAACCCAGCGCUGAAUCCAGACAGAUCGAAAUGAUGACCAAAUCAUUUGGAAAGGCUGGGGAUGUAAAUGAGCUGGUGAGCUCCCUUGGCUGGCUGGAGGAGGAUGGCAGCUCACAGGAUGGAGAUGAAAGCCCAGAGAUGAGGGGGCAUCAUGGUCUGACUGUAGGUGACCAGAUCCUCUCCUGCACAGAACUGGGCAGUGACGAUAUGGAUGAAGAGGGGGAAGAGGAUGACGAUGAAGAGGUUGGAUCAAAUGGAGAAAAAGGUCCAAAAAGAAGAGGCCCUAAGAAGAAGAAGAUGACCAAAGCUAGACAGGAGAGGUUUCGUGCCAGGAGAGUCAAGGCCAAUGCCAGAGAACGAUCCCGUAUGCAUGGGCUGAAUGAUGCCCUGGAUAAUCUCCGCAGAGUGAUGCCCUGUUACUCCAAGACACAGAAACUGUCAAAGAUUGAGACUCUACGGUUCGCCCGCAAUUACAUCUGGGCCCUGUCAGAGGUUCUCGAAAGUGGGCAGUCCCCAGAAAGCCACGGGUUUGUGGAAAUGCUCUGUAAAGGUCUGUCUCAGCCCACAAGUAAUCUUGUUGCUGGGUGCCUGCAGCUGGGACCCGCUCCAAUGAUUUUUGACAACCUGGAGGACAAGUCUGCAGGUGCAGUGGUGGGUGGUGUGGUUGCCGGACAUCCCCUCAGUUAUGCAUCCCCAGGCCUUCCCAGCCCACCCUACGGCUCCCUGGAGGCAUCCCACCUCCUCCAUAUGAAGGGAUACAAAGGGACUGUAUAUGAAAACCCCUCACCUAACGAGUGCAGCAGUGGCACCCCUCCAUAUGAUGGCCCCCUCACGCCCCCUCUCAGCAUCAACAGUAACUUUGCUCUAAAACAGGAGCCUUCUCCACAUGAAUCUGAGAGGAACUACACACCCCACUCUGGCCACCAUGCUCACUACCUCUCCUCUCACCAUUACCCCACUUCCACGGCUGCCAGCCUAUCAGGGGGGGCUCAGGCGCACCCAAUCUUUCAGGCUUCUCGUUACGAGUUGCCCCUGGAUGUGAACUUUGACUCCUUCACUCCCUCUCAUCUGGUUGCUUCUCAGAUGGGCACCAUCUGAAGGGUAACAAACCAGUGAGUGGAGGACCAGUAAGUGACUGUUCAACUACUGGCAAGAGGCGCAGCACGGCUCCUGUAUACACUGGUGUAUAAAUGAUGACCACUGUAAAGAGAAAUGUUUGCAUUCAUGUUGUCCAGUACUCUGGGAGAGCACUGAAUGCUCCGAGAUGGAGAGAGUCAUCUCAAUCCAAUCUACCUGAUACAAACAUGCACCCAUCACAUUUAUUUUAUUUAUUCUUUUUAUGACCACAUAUCGGUAUUUGGAUUGUAAUUAUUUCUGGCCGAACUACUCUUUCCGUUGUUAAAGAGCAGAAUGAAGGAUUAGUUUAUCAAAUCAGAUAUCCACAUUCAGAUAACUUUGUUGAGGCAAGGGCAUAAGAGCUUUUGUAAAAAAACAAAUAGUUUACACACUCAAAAAGGAACUGAUCAAAGACUCAUCUGGCUUAAAGUGUGCACUGAGGUCUACAGUCAAAUGCCUGAAUUUAAGACAGCAAUACAUUUAUUUAUAUAUGUAUUUAUUUAUUUUGAUAAUGUGUUGUCCAUUUUCUGUUGUUCUCAGCACAGCUUUCUUUUCAGUCUUACUUGUUUGCCAUUCACUAGCUAUAGCUAUAAUGUAUUUAAACUAUUUAUUGGAGAUUUUUCAGGUAUCUGUUCAUUUGGUGUCACUGUUUUGUCAUACUGUUCAUAUUUUGCUGUUUCGCACUUAAUUGAAUAAAUAUUCUCAUAUUA